CGGCCCGCGCCGGAAGUCAGGACGCUGCAGCGCGGAGGAGUCUGGGCGCGAAAACUUACAGAUGACCGAAAAUGAUUGCGAUUGAACAGGCUGAGGCCCAACUCUCAGAGUUAGACCUGCUAGCCAGCAUGUUCCCUGGGGAGAAGGAGCUCCUCGUGAACGACCAGCUGGCCGUAGCGGAGCUGAAAGACUGCGUGGAAAAGGGGACGACGGACGGGCGAUCUUCAAAAGUGAACUUUACUGUCAACAUGAGCCUGGACACAUCUGCUGGAGCAGCGGUGAUGUUUUCUCUGGCCUGUACUCUUCCCUUUGAAUACCCUGCAGUUUUGCCUGAGAUCACUGUCAGAUCAGUAUUAUUAAGUAGAACCCAGCAGACUCAGCUGAACACAGAUCUGACCACAUACCUGCAAAAGAACUGUCUUGGAGACGUCUGUAUAUUGAAUGCCACUGAAUGGGUCAGAGAACACGCCUCUGCCUAUGUCAGCAGAGACACCACCUCUCCCCCCACUCCAGGAAGUACAGUCCAGCCUGUCCGUCUCGUUCUCACGAGACUCUGGAUCUAUAGCCACCACAUCUACAACAAGUGCAAAAGGAAGGACAUCCUGCAGUGGGCGAAGGAGCUCUCCCUGUCUGGGUUCAGCCUGCCAGGGAAGCCGGGUGUCGUCUGUGUGGAAGGCCCGCACAGUGCUUGUGAAGAAUUCUGGUCCAGACUCAAAAAAUUAAACUGGAAGAGAAUUUUGAUUCGCCAUCGAGAAGACAUUCCUUUUGAUGGUACAAAUGAGGACAUGGAAAGACGGAGAAAAUUUUCAGUUUUUGAAGAAAAAGUGUUCAAUGUUAAUGGAGCCAGAGGAAACCACAUGGACUUUGGUCAGCUGUAUCAGUUUUUAAGUGCCAAAGGGUGUGGGGAUGUUUUCCAGAUGUACUUUGGCGUGGAAGGACAAUAACUGAGCAGAGUGGCUGAAAGUCUUUUGUCACUGAGGGCCAUUUGGUUUAUACCCUGUCUUUCUUGAAGGAUUAAAUGAUUUUACUGCAGUCCCUUUCUAGAAUGUUGGGGGUAAAAAGAGAAGUCAUACAGCUGAAGUGCACCUGUUAAAAGUAUGUCCUGAUUCAAAACAGAACCAAGCCCUGGCCGAUUUGGCUCA